ACAAAGUAGUCUGUUGAUGACGCGUUUCUAAAGCAAGCAGAAGACGCGCUUAGCAACAAGCUAGGAAAGCAAGCAGCACAUCUGUGGAACUCCGAUUAAAGUCGAGCGCACACACACACACACACACAAACACGCCAAGAGGUUCCGUCUUCUGGAGAGAAACAUUUCUGAAGACAGGAGUCGACAUUUCUGGGGAUAAAAACCUGCUGAGAAUGUCGUGAGUUCAGCUCGCUGUCCUAAAAAAGCGACACAAGUGGUUCCUCUGGCAGAGAAGCGAAUAUUUUAGCGAUACGUUAGCUAGCCUUGUGCUAACGCCUGUUGAAAAAGUACUGAGUGUCUGCCUAGCAAUCGACCAUUUUCACACUUUCGACCGUUUCCUUCGAUUUGGGAUGGUGCUUUUGAUCGACGGAAGUCUUCAUACUGUGAAAGGGCUGAAGAGGGAGCAGGGAGGACAUCUCUGUUGGAUUUGGACUGCAACUCUUUCAGGGAGCGGCGCUCAUGUGGAUGUGUGUUUUUGUUCUGCUGCAAGCUGACGGAAACGCGCUUUCUGUUUAAUCCCCGGGUUUUUCCAGUCUCUCCGGGAAAAGAAAAGAAGCACCACGUUUUCAGAAGAUCGACUUCAGUUUGAGUCGAUUGUAUUUGAGUAGAUUUUGUGUAAGCUUGCUAAGUUGCGUUUAGCAUUUCCCUCCAGCUCAUUGGCUUGGAGCCAGCGCUAACUAGACUGGCUUAGCUGAGAGGAUCUGGCCUGUAAACACACUCGACUCUCUACAAUCGAGCUCCAUCGGGGGAUAAAAAAGAAACUGUGAAUGAUCAUGGCUCUGUUAUGCAGUGCACUGGACUGGGCUCACAUCUAAACUGAGGAUUCAACAGGAUCGAUUACUAGACAUGACCUGAAGCUGUACUAACAUUAAUCCAGUUAAUCCAGUCCUUUUAAUUUGUUAACCCCAUUGAAAAGAGGAACUCUUGCAAAGGAAAAAAAGAGAGAAUCAUUUGAUGUUGACCUCAAUAAUUCUCCACAAGCAUGAUGAUACUGAGCAGAAAACCAGAUGGUCCGGUCACAGCAGCUCGACACGGAGACGGUCUGUACGACUCUUACAUGCGCACGGACCACAUCGUGAACGAAGAAGCUGACCUGAACGGACAGAGCCCCGGCGCCCUGCCCCCAUUGCACAAACACACAGCUGUGAACAAGCCAACGAUGAAGGAUCACCUUGGCGUCCGAGGAGGACAGAUGAAGAUGAAGUACCUAUAUGAGGAUUCGUACAACCGCAAGCCCAAUGGCGUGAGCCAGCACAACGGUACCAGCCAAACUCCAGCCAAGCCUCAGUCUGUUCUCUCCAAAGAGCGGAGCGUGGACAGCAACAGUUCAGCCAAGUCCUCUGAAAGCUCAGUGAAGCCAGCCAAGCUGGGGGGUCCCCUAACCCCAGAACAGGCAGUGAAGCAGUAUAGGCAACAGCUGAGUGCACUUGAACAGCAGGAGAUCCUCACUUAUCCGGAGAUCUACUUUGUGGGACCAAAUGCCAAGAAAAGACAAGCAGUUGCAGGAGGUUCUAACAACUCUGGAUACGAUGAUGACCAGGGAGGGUAUGUCCACGUGCCACACGACCACAUCGCCUAUCGUUAUGAGUUCCUAAAGGUAAUCGGUAAAGGUAGUUUCGGUCAAGUGGCGAAGGUUUAUGACCACAAGUUACACCAGCAUAUCGCUCUCAAGAUGGUGCGCAACGAGAAACGCUUCCACCGGCAAGCAGCAGAGGAGAUUCGAAUCCUGGAGCACCUGAAAAAGCAGGACAAGACAGGCAGCAUGAACGUAGUCCAUAUGCAAGAGAACUUUACCUUCCGCAAUCAUAUCUGCAUGACCUUUGAGCUGCUCAGCAUGAAUCUGUAUGAACUCAUCAAGCGCAAUAAAUUCCAGGGCUUCAGCCUGCCUUUGGUACGCAAAUUCGCCCACUCCAUCUUGCAGUGUCUGGAGUCUCUGCACCGCCAUAAGAUCAUCCACUGUGAUCUAAAACCAGAGAACAUUCUUCUCAAGCAGCAGGGUCGGAGUGGUAUCAAGGUCAUCGACUUUGGUUCCAGCUGCUUUGACCACCAGCGUGUCUAUACCUAUAUUCAGUCCAGAUUUUACAGAGCACCUGAGGUCAUCCUAGGCUCCCGCUACGGCAUGCCCAUAGACAUGUGGAGCUUCGGCUGCAUUCUUGCUGAGCUCCUGACAGGGUACCCACUCUUUCCUGGUGAGGAUGAGGGUGACCAGUUGGCCUGCAUGAUGGAGCUAUUGGGCAUGCCUCCUCAGAAGCUUUUGGAGCAGGCCAAGCGUGCCAAGAACUUCAUUAACUCUAAAGGUCAUCCACGUUACUGCACAGUCAGCACACUUAGCAACGGCACCUUGGUGCUUAACGGCAGUCGCUCCCGUCGAGGCAAGAUGCGCGGUCCCCCAGGCAGCAAGGAAUGGGUGACGGCACUCAAGGGCUGUGAUGAACCUAUCUUCAUUGACUUUCUGAAGAAGUGUCUGGACUGGGAACCCAGUACUCGCAUGACGCCGAUUUUGGCCUUGCGACACCCCUGGCUCUACAAGAGGCUACCCAAGCCUGUACCUGGCGGAGAGAAGACCUUGGUACCCAAGCGGAUUACCGAGCAUAGCACUUCCUUCCCCAGCAUCGUCCCUAAGGUUCCCCCUGUAAUGGGCCCAACCAGCAACAAACUGAGGACCAACAUGAUUGGGGACUCUGGUGGGAAUAUACCGUUGCGUACAGUGCUACCAAAGCUCGUUUCUUAGAGCUGAUUACCUUUUCAGGGAUAAAGACAACACUGUAGCAAAGUUUUUAGUGGUGGAUUUAAAUUUGGUUGCUUUUUAAAAUAAUGAGUGGCAAUAUUCCUCAGUGUUUUGAUGUCAGUUUUUAAAAUAACCAAGCACAAAAAAUACCUUUUUAUAUGGCAGUAGUUGUUUUUUCUUCAAAUGGCCUUUGAAAGGGCAUUUGGAAAGUUAUGAAUUUAGAUUGUUUUUACACUUUUUGCAGGAACGGAAUGCUACUCGAGUACACAAGUGGGUGAAAAUAUUAUGUUGUACCCUUAAGGGUUUUACACUAUUUCUGCUAAGACAAACUGUUUUUUUAAGGGCUGCCUUCUUAAAUUUAUAUUGUUAAGGGCUUAAAAAAAAAUGCUGGGUGUUUUUAAAAUUUAAUCACGACUUCUGAGAUGUAUCUACAGCAAAGAACUUUAUUGGAUUGCCAGAGGUUCCUUAAAUCCUCUGAUUUCUCAAAGAAAUGAUAUUUCCUUAUUUUAGUUCAUCAGUUAGUACAAUCAUUUUGGGGCUUUUGAUUUUUUUUUCUCUCUCUGCUCAGAAUCGGGACACUAGAGCACGAGUCAUGUGGAAGUUCUGUCCUCGUGUGUUCCUUUAGGCCAAAACACUGUGCCAGAAUGAACCUGGACUCUAGUCUGUCUGAAGCAGGGAGAUUUUAAUUUCCUUUAUUUUUUUUUUUCACUUCUUCCGAGAAGCUGUUUCAUCAGAGAGUGUAGAUGCCUGACAGUGAGAUAAUAAGGAAGUUAGUUGGGGGCAGCAGAGUGCACCAGGUUUGGAUCGGUGUCAGAUAAGUUGUACUUGAAAGAAAUAAGCAAGAUGUAAAGUGGGCUUGUAUCUGUGCAAUCGAGACGUUUGCGUGAUCAAGCAGUGAUUGUGUCCUAGGGAUCCAUGUUCCUGACCAUGACAUCUCUUAACUCUUAAUUGCUGGAUUUAGAUUAAGGACAAACCAAUCAGGGAGCUCUUAUACAGCUAUCUCUUCUUUUUUACCAUUCAGAAGCUCACUGAUUCAGCUCUGAAUCCUGCUGCUGUGUCUUCUGACCCAGCUCUACACUGUGACCUGUUUUUUUUUUUUCCCCCCCUCCUUGUUUUUUGCACUCUCUUCCAUGAUAACACUAAAAGCUUCCUCUUCAUGCGCUCAUGCUCUCGACUGCAGCGCACGUAUCCAUGCAAAUUUUUUACUUAUAGGGAAGGGCUUUUGAUAACCACAAACGAUUCAACAGAAGUACAGCUGUUUGUUGACACUGCCAUGACUUAUCACACAUGCUGGCUGUUUAAACUGACACUGAAUGACUGAGACUUGUUGUUAUGUGGCAAAGACUAUUUUAGAAAAUGAAUGGUGCUGACCUUAUGGCCCCCUUUAUUAAUGUGCAUCUGUUUGUCCAUGAGUGUUGAGACAAAAGAGAAAAGACUGCCACAGAGUCCUGUAUUUGUAUACAUCAGUCAAAUCACCUCUUCACCUCCUCUAGGUAUACAUGAUGAUCCGCAGGAAGUGUAAGUUGCUACAAGAACAUGACCUUUACCCUUUUGUGCUAGAUCAUUUCAUCCAAGCUGAAUUCAGACACAGAUCCAAACCAAGCAACUCGAUGGUUCUCUCACAGCAAUGUAACCCAUUAUUCUAUGAGUGUAGAGGCAAGCAAUGAUUAAUACGAUCGUCUUGUCUAUAAAAGUCAACGACCAUUUAUCAAUAAUAAGUGCAUCAUAUCAGUUAAAAAGUGUACGGGAAAUUAUCAAGGCAAAACAUUCAGCCUUUGUAAGUCUACCUCUUAAUUACUCCUCUCAGGCUCUGGCAAGAUCUCAAAAGAUCAUCAUAAAGUCAAGGUGUGGCAUCCUUCACUUCAGCUUCUGACUAUUAGCUUCAUCACCAAUAUUCACCUAACUUCCUUCUCGUCUUUGGUGCACGGUCCUCUCUCUGGACAGAACUCCACUCACUCCUUUGCCUUUAGUUAAGUGCUUGACUAAAUCACCUAGGCUCUACACAUUGCCUCUUUUUUUCCAGCUUCUAUCAAUUCAGUGAUCAGGGUUUGUUUUUUUUACUACUUUUGUGUGUCCUUUUUAACCUCAACAUCAUUACCAGUUUGCGAACUGACUUUCUAAAAGAGAACGAAAUGACACAAUGGUGUAAUUUCCCUUCAGUGGUGUGUGUUUGUAGCCGUUCGCAGCACGAAUAUGAAAAUAAGUGUAAAAAGACUGAAUGAUGAGAAUUGUCCAUAAAGUAACCAAAUGAGCUUGUAUUAGUUUCUUUCUUUUUUUUUUAAAAAAAGAAGAAGAAUAAAAUCAAUAUUAACUGCAA